AUGGAGAGCCGGAAGCGCAAAGCGUCGAGCGCGCAGUCGCCGCCAACGGAGGGCAGCGCAUCGAAGAAGUUGAGGUUGCUGAACUCCUCCGCAGCCCCGCGAAACAGCGUACAAGAGAUUGGACAGCGAGUGGUUCAACAGCUGAAGGGUGCGACAGACAAGACCGGCCGACUGAUCGCCAUCGAAUUCCUCGAACUGCCCGACCGCGAUGAGAUCCCCGAGUACUACGACUUCACCAAGCUGCCCGUCGCUAUCGAGACCAUCGAGGCCAAGCUCAAGCAGAAUGCAUACCCCACCGUCUCCACCAUCGAGAGCGACUUCAAGCGCUUGGUGCAGAACGCAAAAGACUUCAACGACCCUGGCAGCCUGAUCUACGAAGAUGCCGAGCGCAUACGGAAGUUGGUCUUCAAUUUCAUGAAGCAGAACAACCCGGCGUACAAGGAGAAUCCCAACUAUUCCGCCUUUCCGACGCCCAUCCCUCAGCCAUCAUCCACAGCCCUGCAGAAUGGGAAGCGGGAGACUGAGAGCGAGGAUGAGCCCCUUCCAAAAUCGCGCCAGGCCAGCGAGAAGCCCAAGCGAGCUGGAACGGAGCAGUCCGACCGGAAAUCGUCUGCUGCUCCAAGCGCUACCGACCCUGAUGCGGACGGAGAGGAAGGUGGCGAAGCCAUGGAGGUUGAUCUCGACUUCACUGGCAAGACCUUCCAGGAGGCCCAACAAUUGAUCAUCAACCACCUUCUCCACUACAUCGAUGAUGGCGUCGAGAUAUAUUCCGUCUUCGCCAACCUUGUCAGCCGCAAGCUGGAGGACUACUACAAGGUCAUUCGACACCCGGUGUGCCUCAAGGGCAUUCUGAAGCGCACACAAGGCAUCCACGGCCGGGCGCCGCCUACUGGACAGACCGACUUCAAGACUUGGGACGCUUUCGAAGCCGAGAUGAGUUUCAUCUGGCGCAAUGCCAAGGUAUACAAUGAAGAUGAGAGCGACAUGUAUAGGCUUGCCGGGGAAUUUGAGGAGCACGUCAAAUCGAUUCUCGCCGAGGCCAGGGAAAAGGUCGACGAGCCAUCGGGCCCCAAGAUCAAACUUGGCGGACCCAAGCCCAAAGUCACCCUCAGCCUGUCGCAGCCUCGUCACUCUCCCGCGCCCACGCCUGGAGUGGCCAUUGACAACGAAUCCCUUGCGCGUCAACGACAGAUGGUGCAGGCGGGCGCCAGUGGCCAGACCAAUGCCCCUCCCGUCAAUCCGCUUGUCCGCGCCGAAUCGGAUGCAGUGCGGCCUUUGAGCAGUGCGCGAUCCGGCUCGCCGGCAGUGGCUGCGGUCAAGUCAGAGCACACGGCCACCCAUUCACCUGCCCCCGCGCAACCUCCACCACUCGCUCAGCCUCAUCAGCCAUACACCAACGGCGUCAUGGCUCCUCCAAUCGUGCGACCAAUGAGCGGGAGUCCCUAUCCCCUCCAACCACCCGCGAUCAGCCAUCACUACACCGCCCCGGCUAUGCUCCCCCCAAUCCCCAUCCGCCCCUACCCACGCGAAGCCGCCAUCCUCCCCUCCGUCACAAUCACCACCCACCCCAACCUCAAACUCCCCCACCCCGUCACCCUAACCAUCACCCCGCACCCCACCCUCUCCCACCAAUCCACCACCACCACCCUGCCCUCCGCGCACUACUUCCUCCAAAUCGCCGCCACAAUCUCCAAGCAGCUCUCCAUGGGCCGCGCGUACAAGAUGUUUGUGUCUAUCAAUGGCACCCGGCUGACGCAGCGCGAUACCCAGCUGCAUCCUGACUCCCACCGUCGCACGCAUGUGUAUGAGGGCAGUCUGGCGCAGGGGGUUAACCGAGUGGAGGUCGAGGUUGCUACUGCUAGGGAGAAUGAUGAGAAGGGGUUGGAUGUGGAGAAGGUGACGGUGUUCGCUAACUUGACGAGGUGA